AUGCGCCUUUCUGCAUCAAUUGCCCUGUUAGGGCUGGCUGUGCCAUUCACAUGGGCUCUUUGUCCAUAUGCAGAGAAAAUGGCGCUUGAGAAGAAGAGUGCGCCUCCUCAUCCACACACACCGCGCGCUGCGCCGUCCUCGUCCGACAAGAAGGGCAUCUUCUAUAUGAACCGCAUUGCACCCGGUACAUCAGAGCUUUACAUUGCUGAUGCUGACGGCACAAAUGAACGCGCUCUGCUCUCCGAUCCCAUCUACGAAUACCAUGCAGCCUUCUCCCCCGAUGGAGAGUGGGUUACUUUCACUGGAGAGCGUAACGGCGACGGAAACUCAGAUAUCUACCGCGUGCGGACUAAUGGCUCUGACCUUGAGGAGCUGGCAGCGACUUCCUCGGUGGAAGAUGGAGCUGUCUUGUCUCCAAAUGGAAAGCAGGUUGCCUAUGUGUCUACUGCCAAUGGCUACAAGGCCAACAUUUGGGUCAUGGAUCUGGACAGCGGCAAGAAGUGGAACCUUACAGAUACCGCCUCCACCACUGCCAAUGCUUCUCUUCCGGACGGUUACUUCCGUCCUUCGUGGUCUCCCGACGGCCAAUGGAUUGCUUUCUCGUCGGACCGUAACACGGGCUGGUACGGACACGGCGACCCGGUCUUCAUGGGUGUGUCGGGUUGGGAGCACACACAAGAGCUGUCAAUCUAUGCUAUCCGCCCCAAUGGAUCUGACUUCCGCCGUGUUGCAUCGAAGUCUGGCUACUGCCUCGGUUCGCCUAAGUGGUCGCCUAGCGGCAAGCGUAUCAUCUACUACGAGAUGACCCGGGAGAACACCUGGAACUCUCACCGUCCCGAGUCGAUUGACUCUUCCAACUCCACUAUUGUAUCAGUUGACUUCGCUACCGGUGCUGGUCGCCGCGUAGAAGUGGGAACUUCUGGUGUCAAGAUUUUCCCUCAAUACAUCUCCGACAGCACCAUCGCCUACUUCGCCAAGGGUUCCGGCAAGGAGGGCCUCUACACAACCGCUGGUGGAUUUGUCAACACUUCCAGCUCGACCGUACGCUCCCCAGCCUGGUCUCCGGAUGGCAAGAAGGUCGUGUAUGAGAAGACAAGCUGGGACGUCGUCCGCCCCAUGGACAAGAAGUUGUACAGCUGGGAUAAAGAGUGGGAGUACCGCUUCACCGACGUCUUUCCUCAGUUGUCCAACACCAACACGAUCGCCUUGACCGAGAAGCAGCUUGGAAACUCCUCCAUCGUCUCGCUCAAUGCCAAUGGCACAAAUGAGCAGCUCAUCUAUGACGACAUGAAGUCCGACUUCCUGGAUGCAUCAUCCGUCGCUAUGGGUACAGCCGGAGCCUUCAACCCGGCCUGGUCACCCGACGGAAAUUGGGUUACCUUCGGCGUAGGCUUCUGGUUCCAAGGUCGUGCAACAGGUGGCGGAUGGCUGGUUCGCGCCACCGCUAAUGGUUCAUACUCCGAAGUUCUGACCAACAGUCAAGUCACCCUCGAGAGCAACAGCAGCGUUAUCAACUCUGGAUUCCCCAGCUACUCACACGAUGGCAAGAAGAUUGUCUUCCGUGUCUGGGGAACCAACUCUACUUUGGGAGACAGGUCCCAGCUCGGUCUCCGUCUUCUUGAUCUGGAGACUCGCAAGAUCUCCGUCCUCACCAAUGAAUGGGAUAAUCUUCCUUUCUUCUCGCCCGAUGGCGAGAGAAUCGUCUUCACCCGCAAGGUCAGCGACUACAAUUACGAUGUCUGCACAAUGCGCCCUGAUGGAACGGAUCUGAAGGUCCUCACCAGCAGUGGUGCGAACGAUGCCCAUGCCGUUUGGACUUGGGACGGCCGUAUUGCUUACUCUUCUGGCAUGUUCGGUUUCCAGUAUGAGUGUGCACUUUACGAUCAGACUUUCCAGCCGUAUGGACAGGUUAUCGUUAUGGACGCUGAUGGAUCCAAUAAGCAAGUUCUUACCGACUCUAUCUGGGAGGACUCCAUGCCUAUGUACGUGCCAAACAGCAAGCUUGGGAAAGCGAAGGUCUCAAAACGGGACCCUGAAGAUCGUUUUUAG